CGGCCGCGGCGGAUGCGAGGCGCGCCGAGCCAAGAUGGCGGCGCAGGCGGUGCAGGCGGCGCAGGCGGUGCAGGCGGUGCAUCUGGAGUCGGACGCUUUUCUGGUCUGCCUCAACCACGCCCUGAGCACCGAGAAGGAGGAGGUGAUGGGGCUGUGCAUCGGCGAGUUGACCGAUGAUGUAAGGAAUGACUCCAAAUUUACGUGUCCUGGAGCUGAUGUGCACACAGUUGCUGAAAAGGUUGACACCGUCAGAAUUGUUCACAUUCAUUCCGUCAUCAUCUUGCGACGCUCAGAUAAGAGAAAAGACCGAGUGGAAAUUUCCCCGGAGCAGCUGUCUGCAGCCUCGACAGAGGCAGAGAGGUUGGCGGAACUAACAGGUCGCCCUAUGAGAGUUGUGGGCUGGUACCAUUCCCAUCCACACAUCACCGUUUGGCCUUCCCAUGUCGAUGUUCGCACACAAGCCAUGUACCAAAUGAUGGAUCAAGGCUUUGUAGGACUUAUUUUUUCCUGUUUCAUAGAAGAUAAAAACACAAAGACUGGCCGGGUACUCUACACUUGCUUUCAAUCCAUACAGGCCCAAAAGAGCUCAGAGUACGAGAGGAUUGAGAUCCCGAUCCACAUUGUCCCCCACGCGACCGUUGGGAAAGUGUGUCUUGAGUCAGCAGUGGAGCUGCCCAAGAUCCUAUGCCAGGAGGAGCAGGACGCCUACAGGAGGAUCCACAGCCUCACACAUCUGGACUCAGUAACCAAGAUCCAUAAUGGUUCAGUGUUUACCAAGAAUCUGUGCAGUCAGAUGUCGGCAGUCAGCGGGCCUCUCCUGCAGUGGCUGGAGGACAGACUGGAGCAGAAUCAGCAGCACCUGCAGGAGCUGCAGCAAGAGAAAGAAGAGCUUCUGCAAGAGCUUUCCUCCCUCGAAUAAAGCAGGAGACUCAGUGGGGUGAGAAAAAGCACUUUUCGAUCUGUGUAUUAAGCCUGGUCUGAAAAGGCAGCAGCUUGCGUGUAGGCAGAUAGUGGAGCAGAACUGGGGUUGUGUUCAGUGUCGCCCAGAAUGUUUCAUUAGGGCUAACAGCCCACCUGCCUGUCGUCGCCCGGCAAAGAGUGCCAACACUGUGUUUCAAAGUAGAACCUGGGGAGUCGGGCUGUAGCGCAGCGGGUUAAGCGCAGGUGGCGCAAAGCGCAAGGACUGGCAUAAGGAUCCCGGUUCGAACCCCGGCUCCCCACCUGCAGGGGAGUCGCUUCACAGACGGUGAAGCAGGUCUGCAGGUGUCUAUCUUUCUCUCCCCCUCUCUGUGUUCCCCUCCUCUCUCCAUUUCUCUCUGUCCUAUCCAACAACAACAACAACAGUAACUACAACAAUAAAACAACAAGGGCAACAAAAGGGAAUAAAUAAAUAAAAUAAAUAUUAAAAAAUAAAUAAAUAAAUAAACAAAGUAGAACCUGAAAUUAUUUUUAAGGCUGCAGAAGGAACAUUGACCAUGACAGCCUGUAAUAAAAUAUCUGGUGGUUUUUUGUUUGUUUGUUUGUUUGUUGGUUUUGUUUUUUACCAGAGCACUGCUCAGCUCUGGCUUAUGGUGGUGCUGGGGACUGAACCUGGGACCUUUGGUAUCUCAGGCAUGAAAGGCAUUUUCGUGUUGCCAUUAUGCUACCUCCCCAGCUAUAUGCAUUUUUGUAAUUUAAAUGUUUCUUUUUCCUUUGUUUCACUUGGAAGUCUAUUUUCAUUUUCAGAUAUGCUCACUGCUUAGACUUAGCUAAAGAAAAUAAAGUUUUUUGGUUUGUUUUCUUAGUUAUGAUGUUUUGCUGUACUAAUAACACAAGGGUUAGUAGAAGGAGGUGAAGUUACCCAUGAACACCUGACUUCUACUCUGAUCUCCACGUGAGAUAUAUGUUAUGUCUCCCUUCUUGAUCUCCAGAAUAUAAACCUUAAGAAAUCUGUGAAGGGGGACUGGGUGGUGGUGCACAGGUUACCAUGUGCAAGGACCAGGGCUCUUCAUCACCUGCAGUAAGGAAGCUUCACUAGCAGUGAGGCAGGGCCGCAGGUGUCUCUCUAUCGCUUCCCCUCUCAAUUUCUCUCUGUCUCUGUUCGAUAAAAAAGAUAUCCGUCAUAUCAAGGGUUGACUCUACCUGAUGAAAUGGGUGGCUUCUACUGUAUUUGAUCCUAAUAAGAAUUUUGCCUGCAAAUCCAGAUAGUCCUGGAACUUCCAUUGUAAUACAGAUGCUUUUCUAGAAAGAUAUAGGACUUACGGUAUAAUAAAGCAUGCUUCAGAAA